AUGAAUUUAUCCAAAUUCCAAAGAGAAAAAUGCCUCCAACUCAUUGAUAAGCUUAUUUCGUGGGAAAUUUGCCAGCCAUUUAGAGAGCUUAUUGAUCCAGUUAGAGAUGGCGCUCCAAAUUAUUUUGAAGUUAUUAAAGAGCCAAUGUCAUUAAAUGAAGUUAAAAAACGUUUAAUGAAUAGUCAAUAUCCAGAUCUGAAAACUUUUAUACAUGAUGUUAAUUUAAUUUGGGAUAACGCAAGAAAAUAUAACGGUGAUGAUACGAUAUUUGCUAUGAUGGCAAAGGAAGCUCAAUCAUACUUUAACAGAAAGAUGAAUAAUUUCCCUAGCAGCGUUGAAGAAGACUGGUUAAUGAAAGUUCGAAAGAUUGCAAAUGAAUUUCACGAAGCAAUUACACAUCCUCCUCAUGAUAUUGACCCUAAAAAGCAGCGUGAAAUUAUUGCCGAAGCUACUGCUACUCAAACUAAUGUUGUUUAA